AUGGAGAAGCUCUCUAUCUCGCCUAAUGUCGACCAGGCUGUCGACACCGCCUCAACUCACCAAGGCCCAGCAAGUCUCUGCGGACGCUGUCGUGAUCUCAAUAUCAAGCGCGUGUUUCAAAAAUACGAGAAAGCGGUCAGAAGAGGGAAUGACUACGUUGUGGCAGAGCUGGGCAAGGUGGAAGACAUGAAGCAAUCUUCGUGUCCCCUCUGCCAUUUCUUCGCCAGCAUGGCUCUAGGUCGCCAGACAGACAAGACGUGUGAGUGCAUUCUAGAUGAGGAGUCUCACACCUUUCCGGACAUUGAUCCAUCGGGUCACUUUGAACUCCGAGCAAUCACAGUGGGACACGCCUAUCUGGGUCAGGAGAGAGGUGAGCAGGCCAGACCAGACGUGUCUGGUCUGCAGCCCCAGGUCAUGCUCGGUCUUGCGCCUGUGGGAGCGAGCGGCUCUUAUCCUGGGCAUCACUGCUGGUAUAGGAUGGGGAUGAUUGCCCCAGUGCAGCCAGAUGGUGACAGCUCAGAGUAUCCUCCUCCUCCUUCCACCACAGCCUCACCUUCUACCAGCAAAGGGACGAGGAAGGAGAAGGCCAAGGCGAAAGCUAAGGCCGAGACGAAGCCGUGGAGUUUACAAACAAGACGGAUCGUGGCUGACCAAAUCCCCUACCAUGUCCUUAAUGGAUGGCUGGACCAGUGUCGGAAUCAUCAUGAAGAAGAAUGUCAACCGGUCCGGUUCAAAGAUCCACCAUGCGUCAAGGUGAUCGACUGCAACACACUAGAGAUCGUCAAGGCCCCGCAGAGCUGCCAGUAUCUGGCCUUGAGCUACGUCUGGGGCAGCACCCAAGAACGCGGUGAUGGACCAGUCAAGAAGUUGGACUCGGAGAAUGUCCCGGUACUGGUGAUGCCCGUCAAGAUGGCCUUGGUGGUCACCGACUCGAUCGAGGUGACGCGUCGACUAGGCUACCGAUACCUUUGGAUCGACAAAUACUGCAUCGACCAGGAAGAUGCGCGCGAAAAAGCGUCGCAGAUCUCCUGUAUGGACCAAAUUUACGAGUGCAGCGUCGCCACCAUUGUCGCAGCCGGUGGCAAGGACUCUUCUUUCGGCCUGCCUGGGGUGACGACCCGGUCGAGGCUUCCACAGCCCACCGUGCGCGUCCAAGGCCUCACGUUGCGUUCGACACUCCCGAACCCUGUCUACACUGUCCGCCGCUCCGGUUGGAUGACGCGCGGAUGGACUUACCAGGAAGGCAUCUUCUCCGCGAGACGGCUCUUCUUCACCGAGCAUCAAGUGGUGUUUGAAUGCCGCAGCACCAUGUACAGCGAGGUUUUUGAUCAUCCUGCCCACAUCCAAGUUUGGCAAUUUCAACACGACGAUAGCAUUGUCUUUGGUUUGGCAGAUGUGGGUGAUGGCCCUCCGACGAUGCAGCAGAUGGUUCUGUGCUUGCAGAUCGAGGCAUACAGUGGCCGGAACGUGACAUAUGACUUGGACGCCCUCAAUGCAUUUCUGUCGGUUUUUACCCGCUUGAGGAGACUCAAAAGGCCAAUCUACCACUUUUAUGGAGUGCCUAUCAUUAAGAGACGCCCCGGAGACGAUGAAACCGGUUCUGAUGACGACGAAGCCGCCUCUGACGACGACGAAGACUACAGCGAGGGUAAUGAAGCCAGCUCCUCCUCCGACCAAGCGGAACCAGAGAAAGAGGGCGACCUCAAGCCUGUGAAAUCCCUCAUGGAGGCGCUAUGUUGGUACCACAUACCCGGCUCAGUGGGGGAGAAGAUGACAAUCAGACGGCGACCAACCUUUCCGUCGUGGACGUGGUUGGGUUGGACGGGGAGACUCUCCUACACCAAAUUCCUGGGCAUGCCCAUCGACGAGCUAGAGGAUGUCGAGGUCGACGUGGAAGACAAAGACGGCCGGCUCUGGCCGUGGACCACAUGGCUCGACGUGAUGCAAAUCCUGGCUCUGAAGGACCAAGACCGCCUAAGCGGCCGACUGCGUGUGAAAGGAUGGCUGGAGCAGGCUGAUAUAAUGUCUCUAGGCUAUAAGACCGGGUACUAUGUGAAACGCAAGGCGGGCCGCUGGCGCAGAUCGCAGCAGUUGUACCUUUCGGUGCCAGGAGACCCAAAAAGAAGAGACGAGGAAGAAGAGGGUGAAGAUGACGGCAACGACGACGUGAUGGCAAACCUACUGCCCUCCCCCGACACUGCCACUGCCACUGCCACUGCCACUACUAUUGCUGCUGAUUUCCUCUCCCUUGGUCCUCUGAUGCUACUGUUGAAGGACGACGGCGAUGGUCAAUAUAGUCGCUGGGGAGUGACCGGCUACUAUAAAAAGAAAAGGUCAUCUGCCAGCAGAAACUCCACCAAGGCCAGACCCCGAGACGGCCAAAGCCAUGACGUCUCGCAUUCUUCCUCUUCUUCUUCUUCUUCGCACCGACAAUGGAAAGAACUAUGGCUGAUAUAA